UUCCCUUGACGUACAUUUAUUUCAAAAUCUUGAAUUUCUCUAUGUCUCUAACUCGAACUUUUCACUAACUCAAAAUUGAAGUGCGAGUUUUAAAUUAUAAAAAUUGUCUUCAUAAUUCAAAUCUCUAUUAAUUUUUUUUUUCGGAAAAAUCGUUCGCAACGAAAAUCCAAUUCCUCCUAUUCUAAGCAAAUCUAUUAACAAUAUUUUUCACUGAGGUGCUCAAUUAUGAAAGACAUUAAAAAAAAGCAGUUUAGAAAAAAGCAACACUAUCGGAGUAUCUAGUCAUUUAAUUUGUUGGUUGCUUUUAAGAGAUUCGAAUUAGGGACGUUUGACUGCAUAUUCUUAUCUUUAUGAACAUUUUUUUUCAAUUAAUCCUGUCAUAAUAGACUUUAGUGGAACAAAUAGAAUUUUUGAGAAAUAUUAAAGCCAACAGAGAAGACAUGGAGGAUGCUUUAGCAGAGAAAGCGGAUGUCUGUGCUGUGAACAAGAAAGUGAAUUAUGAUCAAUUUGAACAGGCUUAUGAUGAACUCACUAGGAAUAUAGACGAAACGUUAGCUAAACUCACGCAACAGGAAGCGUUAUGGCAGCAAACCCUAGACGAAAUACAGAAUGAAAUUGCAAAUAAGUUGGACAAAGCAGACCUUCGUCCACUUAAAGAUUACGUGAACGCCAAACUGAAACAGUUACAAGACAGGCUAAGGGCACUGGCAGCAUUGAAGAGAGAUGCUGAAGCUGCUGGUACCAAGAGCAGAUUCUUAAGAAAUGUGAACUGCAUAUCAUGUGAUAAAGACGUAAUAAUGCGAAAAGAAUUGGAUACAUCUCUGUUCCCACCGAAGCCUGGUCUACCACCGACGAAAAGUAUGGCUCCUUAUCUGGCUUACGAGUUGGACGCAUUACGAAAACAACAAAGAUGUAUGCCUCAAGGCCGAGAUUUAAAUCAAUUCGAAAACAUGAUGAGCUCUCCCAAAAAGCCAGACAAGUAAGUAAAUCAUCAUACAG